AUGGAGUUGAGUGGCACAGCCCUGAGCUGCACGCGUGCUGCCCUCCUGCUUCUGCAUCUGGGCCUGACCUCCAGUAUGGUUCCGAAAAAUGAAUUCCAGACUGGGCUUGUAGGAGGGGAGGUGACCCUGAACUGCACAGGCAUACUUCCUGAAUCACAAUUACCUCGGGACUCAGUUGUGAGAUGGAAGUACUCUGAUACUCUUCUAUGGUAUAUGGAAAAUAAGCUGAAAUAUUGGAAAAAAUCAACUUUCAUUACUGGCCGGUCUGACAUCAAGAUGCAGUACAAACAACUGAGCGUGAGGGAUUUGAAGCUCUCCGACGCCGGCAUCUACACCUGUGAAUACGGCACUCACAAAGUCCACACCUCACUGCACAUCGUUAACUUGGCAAUCUCUUUGGAUGGGCAUUUUCUGCAAAAUGAAGUGCCUAAGCUGAUUUUAACUCAAAAUUCACCCAGUCCUCUACCUGAUCUCAGCAUCACAUUGUUUGACAGUAACAAUAACAGAGUGACACCAGAAAUACAGAAGAAGAACCUUCAAGAAUACAUAGUGAAUUUAAAGAAACUGGAGACUAUGGACAGUGGGACCUGGGUGUGUCAGAUCCAUUCAGACUCUCCAUUGAUUAAUCAGAACAUCUCCUUUGCUGUGAAGGUAUUAGGUUUUCAGAAUCCAGAUUUGGAAAGAAAGUAUGCAACUGUUGAUAGUGCUGUCAUCUUGUCCUGGCGUCUGAACUCCCAGAAGAUAAAAUGGAAAAAAGGUUUCACAGGACAGCUAAAUUGGAAACAACAGGAAGGUGCAGAAUCUCAUGAGCUGCUUGAUUUCAACAUCACAGCAGAAGGACAGCUGCAUGAGACUAAAAAAAGCAACAACUUGUUGUUUGAGAUACCUGAAAGCAAACCUGAAAGUACCAUAGAAGUGAAGCUCCCCAAGGUCCAUUUCAAUCACUCUGGCCAGUACCAGUGCCAGCUGGAGUACGAAAGAAGACAUGCACAGAGCAAGAUAGAGCUGGUGGUGAUGAAAGUCUCAGCUGACCCUGCUGGGCCACUCUCCAGAGGGGCCAGUGUGACCCUGACCUGCCAGGUCUCUGGACUGCUUGCACCCGAUGCCUACUUGAGCUGGGAACCUGUGAAUGGCUCCAAGAUGGACAUUAAGAAAUCAAAGCAGCGUGAAGUAAAGCUGGAGGUGACCAUCAGCACUGCAGGGCUGUGGAGCUGUCACCUCAUAGAAGGCAGUGACAAAAAGAUCAGCUUUCACUACCACGUGGAGGAAGCUUCUGUUUGGAUUAUCAAUGUGAUUAUUGGAGCAAGCAUUGGAGGCAGUUUAUUGGCGUUUGCCCUUGGGUGCCUGUGCAUCAUCAGUGGUGUACGCUGGCAGCGGAGAAGGCAACGAGCAAAAAGGAUGGCACAAGCAAGACAACACUUGCUGGAAAACAAGACAUGUCAGUGUCAACAGAGGGCUGCACACGACGGGGAGCCGCCGAGCCUGGGCCGUGUCCGAGCCGGGCUCCGGGAGCGCGGCCGGCCGCAGCCCGCCCCGUCGGGAGCGGCGGAGGGGCCGGUGCUGCCGGGGCGGGGGCCGGUGCCGGGGCGGCGGCUCCCGCGCCCGUCCGCCCGUCCCGCCCCCUGGCUGCUCGGCCCGGCGGUGCUCCCGCCGCCGUCCCCCGCCGGCGCUCCCCGCCCCUCGCCCCUCGCCGAGCCCCGCCCGGCGGUGGCCGGAGCGCGGGGCCGGGGCGGCAGCCUGCGGCGGCCGGAGCUGCGGCGGCGGCCGGGCCGGGGGCCGGCACAGCCGGGCAGAGGCGCGCACAGCCGCGCGGGGCGCCCGUCGCCAUGGCAGCGCUUGCUCCGGCGAGAGGGCGGCGCCGCCGCCGCCGGGCACGGCCGCGCCCCGGGGCGCCCCGCGGGCUCCGCGGCCCCCGCCCAGCCCAGCCCAGCCCCGGCCGAGCCGCUGCGCUCCGCCGCCGCCGCCGGGCGAGGCGAGGCUCGGGACGGCCGGAGCCCCGCCGUGGCCGGGCCGCCGAGCGGGGGCCGGGGGGGCGGCGGGGCAGCGGCGCGGCUCGGCCCGGCCGGCCGCGUCUCCCGGCAGCCCGGUUCUGUGCGCGCUCCUUUGCAACCAUUCUGGGUCACCUUCCCCUGCGAGCCCCCUCCCGCGCCUCCCCUGCAUCGGCGGCCCCGCGAGCGGCUCCCGAGCUCUCCCCCGCUGUGGGAUGGGCGGUGGGGCGCACCAGGGAGCGCGGCCAGGUGA